AUGGAUGUUUUGACUAAUUUGCGAUCCUUGGACUUCCGAAGAAAUAGACUUAAAGGUCCAUUUCCUUCAUCCUUCGGAAACUGCACAAAACUACAUAAAAUAGAUUUAGCUGAGAAUGAGUUUGUUGGAAAUUUACCAUCUUGGUUGGCAAUGAGGGUUCCAACCUUGAUAGUCCUUAUCCUUCGGUCAAAUAAAUUCGAUGGUGAAUUGCCUCGAGAACUUUGUCACAUCAAAGAUCUUCAGAUCCUAGACCUUGCGAACAAUACAUUUAUUAGAAUCAUACCAAGGUGUAUUGGAAAUUUCAGUGCAAUGGUUAAACAAAAAAUGGAAGUCGAAGAAGAUAACAUGUUUAGUUAUCGUGGUUUUACUAGAUUCAUGAGAGAGAGUGCAACAGUGGCGACUAAAGGCAACAUAUACCAAUAUGACACUAUUCUGGUGUUGUUUACGAGCAUGGAUAUGUCUAGCAAUAAUCUUUCUGGAGACAUUCCUACAAGUCUAACACAUCUUACGAGAUUAAGAUCAUUUAAUUUUUCCAAAAAUAACCUAACUGGUAAGAUUCCAAAUGACAUUGGUGACAUGAAAGUAUUGGAAUCUGUAGAUCUGUCAGAAAAUCAACUUUCUGGUCAAAUCCCACAAAGCUUUACGAGUUUUUCCACUUUGAGUUACUUGAAAUUAUCUGAUAACAAUUUAUCAGGUAAGAUACCAUUGAGCACUCAACUUCAAAGCUUUGAUCCCACGAGUUUUCAAGGAAACAAACUGUGUGGGCUUUCACUCUUGGUGAACUGCAGUUCAGGUGGUAAAGUUCUUAAUGUUGAGUGUGAAGAAGAUGAGAGUGACAAAGAUGAAGUGGAUUGGUUCUACAUUUCAAUGGCAAUAGGAUUUGCACUAAGCUUUUGGAGUGUAUGUGGUUCAUUGCUUUUCAAGAGAUCAUGGAGGCAUGCUUAUUUUCGUUUCUUAGACCGUAGCUGGGAAUUGUUGCUUGCAAAGGCUCUGAUACGUUGA